CUUCUUAUUCUAUCAUUGCAAUCGUGUUUCUGUUUGUUUCUUGUAUUUAUAGGUUUGUUGUUUUUCUGUUUGCAAUUAGCAAUACUAUAGUCCUAACUGGAAUUUACAUGUAGUAAUUCUAAAAUGAAACAAUGUGUCCACGAGGUUAGCUUUUUAUCACUACAGAUAGAGGAAAUUAUAGCUAAAGCACAAUUGAAAUAUUGAUGUUUAAAAACUCAAAUACAGUGUAAAUAAACUAAGCAUUAUACCUAAGUACCAGCUACUAAAAUGAAACUAUCGUUUUAGGUAGUCAAGUAACUACUUCAAAGAGUUUUAAGGUUCAUAAAAAGAAGUGUGGGAUGGCGCUGAACCGAAGUCUGCACCGAUGGCCAGGGGUAUUUCUGAGUGGAAAUUUCCUUAUCUCAGAUCGGACAACUUCUCUGACAUCAGAUCACGAUGGACGAUUUGGGACGUGAUACGAGGUCAGAGGAUAUGCUCUGUAGAAUGUAUAACGAGCAGAAGGAAACUCAAACCCGCUCUUUGACUGUCUUGCAAUAGCAAAGAUGAAUGGUGACACCGAGAAUCCACUAAAAUGUUCUAUUUGUGACAAAGAGUUUAAGAGUAAAAGUUCUUGCUAUUCUCACAUAAAAAAUGUUCACAAGAAAAAUUUUAAUGGCGAAUUAUUGACUGAAGUCGGUUGUGCUUGUGUAGUGUGUGAUAAAAAAUUUACGUACAAAAAAAAUUUAAAAAUUCAUAUACAUGUAGUUCACUCACAACAGGAUGGAACAAAUUUACUGAAAUGUGACAAAUGCAACUACAGCACUGCGUACAAGUCAAAUCUUAAAAGGCAUUUUUCAAAACAUACACAUGAGAAACCACUACAACUUCAGAAUUGUCCAAAAUGCAAUGCCGUUUAUAGUUCCUUGAGAGCUUUAAAGGCACAUGAAAAAAAAUCUCACACUGUUGAAGAAGAGCAACGAGAAGCUAUAAAAAGACAAUGCCCUCUGUGCCCGUUUAUUUCUUUUGCUAUAAGGCGGAGUGAAAUAAAUGAUCAUCUGGAAAAAAUACAUGAAUUGACCUUAAAUAAGAAAUGUUAUUCUUUUGAGUCAAUUAAAGCAUUUCAUAAAUGGAGACUGGAAAUCACGAAACAAACAACAAGUUUUUACAAUUUACGAAAUGUAAGAAAAAACACAAUGUAUUAUGUUUGUAAUAGGAAUGGUGUUUUUAAACCUAGAGGUUUAAACAAACGGAAAUUAAAAGCAAUGGGUUCAUGCAAAAUAAAUGCUUAUUGUCCUUCUGGAAUUAAAUGCUUCAUCGAUAAAAAAGGUGGAGUUAAUGCAGAGUACAUGCCUCUUCAUGUUGGUCAUGAAAAUGAGCUGAAGUAUAUACGGUUGACUACUGAAGAAAGAGAGUUUAUUGCCAAAAAAAUAGCUUGUAAUACUCCCAGACAAGAUAUACUUAAAAUGGUCAGAAAUACCAAAAGCAAACAAGAGCUGCAAAGAUUGAGUUUAUUAACAAUAAAGGACAUAUUUAAUAUUGAAAGGGAUUUUAAACUGAGUUAUAAGGUGCAGAAACACUCCCCUGACUCUGUAGGUGUUGAAAGCUGGUAUCAUCAACUGAAAGAGGAAGAGGAGUGUAACAGAAGGCAGAUUUCUUCCACCAAAAAUAACAAAGAAACCUUAGAGAAACAGCUCACAGAGGAGAAAAAGACUGAAGGUUCUCUGGAAUUAAGCCUACAGAGUGAAAAUGGGAGACUUCAAGAAAUUGUAUACAUGUGUUCGGAGGUGCAAACAAAUAUCGUAUAAAUAAAAAAAUUGUAAAUAGUGUAAAUACUAUAAUAGAAAUAAUUCCUCACUGAAGAUGUGACAUGCUAAGGUAUGUAUAGUAUUGUUUUUAUACAGAAUAGUAACACAACAAAAUUUAUUUUAUGUUAGUUUAUAAUAAAGUGAAUUUUAAAGCCAAA